AUGAUGUUUCUGCACGCGAUGAGUGAAUGCGACUCGACGUCAUCUUUAUAUAACCAAGGCAAGACUAAAUUCUUGAAGACUUUCUCUAAAUAUCCAAACCUUAAAGAGAUCAUUGGGAAAUUCUUGGAUCCAUCAGCCCAGCCAACGGCAAUUGCUGCUGCUGAAGAAAAAUUGGUGGCUUUGUACGGGGCUAACCAUCUAACAACUUCCUUGAAUGCGCUGCGAUACAAGCAGUACGUGACAUCUGCCUACAAGUUUUCCAGUAACAUUGCAUCUGUCUCUCCCACCGAUGCUGCAGAUUACCAGCAUAGCUUGCGUGUUGCGUGUAUAUUUACACCAGCAGUGGCUCGGCAACAGUUUUUCACGAAGAGUGGCUGUUUUCACAUCACAGAUCUCUAA